AUGGCGGCCAUGACGGCGCUCGUGUUGGUGCAGACGAUCAGAUUGGCGGUUCUCAACCUGGUGCUGCCCACCCCCUGGGCAGACACGGACAAGGUCCACCUUCUGCAGGUCAUCACGACACGACAGGAACUCGAGGUCAACAGGUACCCGCUGGUCAGGAGUAGGUACUGGGACCAGGUACAGGUAAACAUCAGUAGACUUGCCGAACUGACCAGAACUAGAGAGAUCUUCUACCAACAGUUCAACGACCGCUUCACACAGCACCAAAAUCUUCAGAACGGACAGUUCGAACAUCGAUUGGACGUGAUCGAUCAAUUCAAACCCAUCAUGACGGCAGCAGAGUCGGCGUCCUUGAUCUUCACGCUCGAAACGUUCGCGCAUGCGUGCAGAACUGCUCACCUCCAGUUCUUCAUGACGGAGGCGUCACUGAUGGGAGUCACGCGUCACCACGGCCUCGUGCCCUGGGACGAUGACGUUGACGUGGCCAUGAACAUCCGGCAAUGGCGGGAGACACGUGACGUGCUCGGGGACAUCCGGGGGUUUGAACUCUACGCCCCUACCGACAGCCAAUGGAAAUUCUUCAUGUCGACUGCUACUGUGUUCCCGGACAAACCUUUCAAGUUCCCCUACCUGGACAUUUUCUUCUACGACGAAGAUUCCACCCACAUCUGGGCGGUAACCAAAGGCCUCAAACACGACCUGGUUUACCGGAAGUCGGACAUUUUCCCGCUGCUUUACCGACCUUUCGAGCACCUGACCGUCCCGGUUCCGUGCAACCUUGACCUUGUCGUGCACCGGUCACAUGACCAGAACGAGUGCGUGACCCCCGAGUACAUCCACAAGACCAACACCAACUUCUACUACGGCGGGAAGACGACGGUGCACUGCGGGGUACUACACGACAUCUACCCGUUUGUCUUCAGUACCGACUCCGAUGUGCCGGGAUACAGAGAGGAGUACUUGAAAGUUGGUACUGAAGUACUGCAUAAAAGGACAGUACCGCACGGCUGUCCUGGCCUCGACACCGCAGUACUGAACAUGUGA